CUCAUAAAACAAGUUUCCUACAAAAUUAGGGCACGACGAAAAAGCACACCAAUUCACUAAUUAUUCGCAAAUUUGGGGAAAUUCCUUGAAGAUGACGAGAAUUUCUCUACGUUAUUCUCUUAAUGGUAUUUCCUUUAUCUCAUCCUUCACUAUUUCCUAUUCUGCUAUGGCAAUUACAACCAGAUAUUACUCUUCAUAUCAUAGCAAUACACCCAUUUCCAUAAAUGGUCGUAGUAAAAAACAUAGGUUUACUAACAAGUUUGAGAAUAUCAAAUGUUUAGAUGAUGCUGUGAAUCUCUUCAAUCAAAUGGUCAGAACACAGCCUCUUCCCUCUGUUAUGGACUUUUCGAAAUUAUUUAAGAUUAUGAUAAAUAUGAAGCAUUAUUCUGUUGUUGUUUCUAAUUUUGGAGAAAUGCAGAAAUUAGGUAUCCCGAUUGAUAAAGUCAUGUUGAGUAUGGUGACUAACAGUUAUUGCCUAAUGCAUCGUGUUGAUUGUGGAUUUUCAAUGUUAGCCAUUUACUCAAAGUGUGGGAUUCCAUUUGAUGUUGUCACUUUAACCAUCCUAAUAAGGGGACUCUUUGCUGAAAACAAGGUUAAAGAUGCAGUUAACUUGUUUAAAAAGUUAAUGAGAGAGAAUAUUUGUGAGCCUAACGAAGUCAUGUAUGCAACUGUAAUGAAUGGGCUCGGUAAAAGGGGUCAUAUUGAGAAGACUUUUGGUUUGCUCCGGCUAAUGGAACAAGGGAGCACUAAGCCCACUACAUGCAUCUACAACGUUGUUAUAGAUGCCCUUUGCAAAAAUGGAAAUCUGGAUGUCGCUGUCGACCUUUUGAGCGAGAUGAAACUGAAAGGCAUUCCUCCGGACUUAUUCACAUAUAAUUCGUUGAUUGAUGGUUUCUCUAAGUUUAGUCAGUGGGAAAAGGUCAGGAAUUUGUUCUUUGAAAUGGUAAAUCAUAAUAUUUAUCCGGAUAUAUUCACAUUCAACACAGUUAUAAAUGGACUAUGCAUAGAAGGGAGGGUUAAAGAUGCCGAAAAAGUAAUGAGACAGAUGAUCGAAAAAGGUGUAGAGCCUAAUGUGGUUACUUACAAUGUGAUAAUGGAUGGAUAUUGCUUGCGUGGUCAAAUGGAUAGAUGUAGGAGAAUCUUUGGUUCCAUGAAAGAUAAAAGCAUUGAGCCGGACAAUAUUAGCUAUGCAAUAUUAAUAAGUGGAUAUUGUAAGAAAAAGAAAUUGGAUGAGGCCAUGCAUUUGUUUCUUGAAAUUUCUCAAAAGGGAUUUGAACCUGAUAUUUUUACCUGCAAUACUAUCUUGAAAGGUCUAUUUGAAGUUGGAAGAAUUGGGGCAGCGCAAAAAUAUUUUGAUGAGAUGCUAUCUGCAAGGAUAAUACCUGGUCCAAUCACUUAUUGCAUUUUGCUUGAUGGUUAUUUUAAGAAUGGACUUGUUGACGAAGCUAUGUUACUAUUUUAUAAGUUGGAAAGAAAAAGAGAAGAUACUAAUGUUGACCUCUAUAAUGCCGUCAUUGAUGGAUUGUGCAAAAAUAGAAAGUUCGACAAAGCUCAUGAUGUUUUUAAGAAUCUUUCUCUAAUAGGUUUACAUCCUGACGUGAUAACAUACACUAUUAUGAUUAAUGGAUUUUGUCUAGAAGGGUUGUUAGAUGAAGCUAAAGGUCUGCUAAGAAAGAUGGAGGAGAAUGGUUGUUUGCCAAACAGUGUAACUUACAAUGUUAUUGUGCAAGGAUUUCUCAGAAGUAAUAAAAUUAGUGAAAUGAAGGCUUUCUUAAAGGAAAUGAAUGGAAAGAGCUUCUCAUUCGACUCAACUACAGUAACUCGACUGGUAGACAUUAUAGCGGAGGAUUCUUCUUUGCUUGACUUGAUAUCAGAUUUUAUCCCAGAAAACAAGAAGUUAUUAUCUAUUUUGCUUGGUUAAUUCAAUUACAUUAGUUAUAGAGUGAAUGUUUUUUUCUUUUUCUUUUCCUCUGGAAAUGAAGUCGCGUGCAACGCAAUUGGGGAAACUGAAAAUAUGACAAUUGGAGCAUUACUUGAGCUUUCCAGACAAACCUAUUGAGGAGGAGCGACAAAAUUCAUCUCAACUGAAAGAUGACCAAAUGCACUGUGAGAAAGAAAUGAUCAUUGAGAUUCUCAGCAUGCGGGAAAUGCCCUUCCUGUUAAAUGGCUAUCUCGCGAAUUGAGGGCUGCAAUAAGUGGUGUCCAAUAACUGUGGACAAUAUUUCUGCUUAUCGCUGUAAUCAGGCGAUUGAUGGAUAUGAGCACUUCAGGGAUGGGAAAUGUGAACCUUUUCUACCAGAAGCAAUUCAGAUGUGGGAAGAUAAUGAGCCAAUUUCUCGGUCAGAUUCAAGCUGAAGUCUCUUUCAGAUUGUGGUCAUCCAUGCCCAAAUAUUGCCAAAUGAAUGUGCAAAGGUAAGAUGAGUUCUCAAUAUUUUUUUCCUUAAAACCGCUGCAUCACAACUGAUAUAUAUUUUGAAGUUGAAAUAAUAAUGAAGAAUGAGUUAUAAACACUGUUGGAGAAAAGGAAAUGAUGAGUGUCUGCAUAAUUGAGCUUUUUCUAGACACUGUAAAGUAAACCGUUGGCUUCAGAAGCAUCUCAAAUGUAUAUAGGCUUUGAAUGGGAGAAGUAGAUAGCACUUGGACAAACAUCAUCACUGGAUUUGGUUGUUUAUUCAUUCCUUUCCUGGUAAAACUAGUAUUAGUACCCGCGCAGAUGCGCGGACAUUAAUCAUAUAAAAUAUUGAA